UUCCAUCUUAAUUUCCAGGAUGACAUUUUUACUAUCUUUUCAGGGACGAUAACGCUACCACUUCCGGUUUUAUGUCAAACGUGAAUUUGACAGACAAAGACGAGACAAUGUUAUAGCGAAUCCGCCUGUUCUCAUGCGUCGCGGGAACCAAGUCUUGCUCUAUGCAGUUUUAGGACAGAGAAUGUGUCACACAUGACGUCGGGCACAUUGUGGCAAAUUUUUCUUUAAAAAUGGCAGCACGUUACUGUGCAGUUUGAUGUGACUCACAUCUCACAUUUUAUUUUUUAACCCGGCGUUGAACCGGCAUCACUUGGGUUUUCAACGAUUUUCCAGCGUGUUGUGCAGUGAUUGUACCUUGCAACAAAUGUGUUGCGGAUUUUAUUUUACUUGAUAUUACAUAUAUGUGUGACCGACGUGUAAAAUGAUGCGAAAAUUAGCAGCAACAGAUUUUACAAGUACUACAGGCUACUUCGAUGACAGUUACUACAAUGACAGCCCCAGGGAACUACAAUCAGGGCCAUCUCUGGUUCUCAUUGUGGGCCUCACCAUGGCGUUUGUGGGAGCAGCCAUCUUGAUAGUGGUCAUCUGCUGCGUGUGCAGGAAGCGACAGCCUCCAGAUUCCCAGGGGGCCAUGUACGAGCGGGCAGCGACGUCGGACGGCCAGAGCGUGGUCACCUCCUACCCCCUCGGUCCAGUGACAACAGGUAGUGCUCCGUCCACCCAGUCUGGCAUGACAGUGUCCAAGACAACGUCAACCGCUGCGUCUCAAAUGUCCAGUGGAGGCCCCCCCAUGCCACACCCCCAGCAGCCGGGCCAGAUGUACGGAGGCCACCCAGGCCAUCCCGGACACCAGCCUUACCCUGGGUACCCUAACGCAGCCAACAUGGGGCCCCCUUACAUGUACCAAGUCCCCCAGCCUAGCUUCCAGCCUAUGACAACUCUGGCAGUAUUUGGAGCACCGGACGGGGCACCCCCGGAGAACUCCCAGGCCAACACCUCAGGGGGGGCACCCAUGCCAUACUCUCUCUACUCCCCCGGGCCGGGCGAGAUGAAGCAGCCUUUACCACAAGGGGUGCCACAUCAUUUACAACAAGAGUUUCAGCGGCAAGUUAAUAUGGCUGCCCAGCAAUACAACACGAACCAACAGCAAUCUUCUGAGUUUCCACGGCAACAGGCCACUGCCCCACCCCCACCUGCUCCAAUGUAGAUAUGUUUUAGGCAGCUUUAAUGUAUUUGAACCUUGUUUGAUGACUUCAAUUCGUGUAUAUAGACUUUGUAUACAACAGGGGGUGUCACACACCGUAUUGACACGUGAGUUUAUUGGCCAUAUUGCUUUAUGUGGUUCAUAUGGCGUAUUGCCAUGUGAGGUUUAUGUUUGAUAUUGAUGUAUUGGAUUGAUAUGCCAUAUUGCUCUAUGACUUUGUAGCUAACCUGGACUGAAAUUCCAAGUGAGUUUAUUUCCACGUCUGUGUAUAGUUGCCAGGCAUGCUCAACAUCUCCUUAGUGUUGAUAAUUUUUAAUGGUUAUUUUUUACAUUAGAUACUCCAGGACCAAACAUGGAGUAAAUCUACAAGAGUGUUUGUACAUACAGAAGUUAUCUGUAAUUUUUGGUAAACAGUCGGCUGUGAAACAGAAAUGGCGUUAUUUUGGAAUGCUGAAGUAACUGUGGUAUUAUAUGGACCGGUGAGCUAAAAAGUCAUGGCGCUGUUUUAUAUGCUGUAUUGCCACUUUAGGUUUUUGUGACAAUGACGUGAAGUUUAUAUGUCACAUUAACAAAAGGAUUCUAAUACCACCCUUCCUUACAUAUCCAUAUGGCCAUGUGACCAGGUUGUGUCAUGUGACAGGUCAUGUGACUACAAUGAUCAUGUGACAUUAUCAUGUGAUUGCCAAUAGAUUUGAUCAUGGUGCUUUUUCAUAUACCCAUUUGGAGUCACAAGACAAUAUUUUUAUGGUGCAUGCAAGACUUGUCUCAAACUAUAUACACCACCCUGUAGCUUUACAGUGUUAAUAGCUAAUACAUCAUCAUGAUAAGCAUAAGUGAAAGGACCUACUUGAAGUAGUCAUCUUACAAGUGUAGCAAUAUCAUUUAAAUCAGACCUUAGUUCUCGCAACGCUAAACAAAGAUCUGAGGACAUCCCAUUAUGGGUCACGUCAGACCGACCUUCGCGAACUUUGACUGACCAAUGGAAUGACCAAUCAGAAGGCAGCUUUCUCAUGCUUUACGGCACUAAUUUGAAAUUGGCGACUGCGCUUUGCAACAUAUUCUCGAUUACAAAUUUGAAACCUAAACAAAAGAACAUUCUGGAAUGGCUAAUAGAUGGUCUAGAUUGUAUGGAUUCAGAACUAUCUUUCGGAAUACUCCAUGUUUCAGUUUUCGAGGUUGUAUGAUUAGAAAUCACAUUCCGACUGUCACUUUUAUGAUCUGGGAAGCGACGCUCUGAUAGGCCGGAUGAAAGGUCUUCUGACGUGACCCCUAAUGGAAUGUCUUCAGAUCUUUGUUUAGCGGUAGCAAGAACUAAGAUCUGAUUUUAAUGAGAUUGACAAGUGUAGAAAUAGAGAAAUAAUGUAGAAAAACUAAAAGGCAGUAUAUAGUUGCAAAAUGUUGAAUCCUUGUGUCAUGAAGGCAGUUAGACCAUUGUAUGUCAGGAUUUAUCUGGCCUUUCACUGAUAUUUGGCAGAAACUCUUGGUGAAAGUUAAACUUACUCGGCUAAGUUGUUCCAGAAGUGUGAAUACAGCUUUUCGAAAAGGAAGGGUGCAUUUUGUGAUUUGGCAAUUGAUGUUUAGUAAUUUUGUUGGAUAUCUCACCAAGUGAGUUAGUCAUAGUGUUGUUAUACAUUUACUUUUAGCAAUCCACCCAGGAAGUUUCCUAAUGUACACAUUUUAGUAUACUACAAAGAAAGGGGGAUAGGUGCGCAUCCUGCAUUCAGCCUUAGGCUCUGUUUACGUUACAUUUGUGGUUUUGAAUGACCCAAUAGAUAUGAAUUUCCUAAGUAAAUAUUUCCUGGAAACGACCUUCCUGAUUUUAUUAUUUCAGCUUAUAAAUGCAUAUUGUGCUGUUAACUUUGUCCUUGAUAAUAGUGUGUAAUAUGUUUCCAUUCUAAAAUCAAAAUUACCUGGGCCCCAAUCACUGCCAUAUCUUCGUUUUGAGCCCAAUUUUUACAGCACAAUGCUAAAAUAGCCGUCCAGUCAGAACAUCCUCACAAGCAAGAGAAAUUCUGUGGUAAGGAGAGAUGGGAGCAAUGGAGGUGGUGGCGUCACCUCUGUCACAAGAUAGGGUCGUGAAUCGAUCCAUGAGAAUGGACAUCUAAUACCCUGGAUAAUCGUGGAUGAGGAUAAUCCUGAGAGUGGAAUCCUUAGAUAAACCCCUGAGAACUUUGUGUAAGACCUUGAUACUCCCAUACCAUUUAAACUCUUUGAUAGGCAUUUUGAAGUUGAUUAUGAAUGCAUGACACUUUUUAUGGCUAGCAACUUCUUUUAUUCUUUGUCACGACAUUUCAGAGCUACGUCUUGCCCCUUCAUCGGGUGAAUGAUCUAAUUUACCUGAUGAAGGAGCAAGAAGUAGCUCUGAAACGUAAGAAAGAAUAAAAGAAGUUGAUAUCCAUAAAAAGUAUCCUGGGCCCCGUUCCACAAAUCGAUCUUAGCGCUACGAUCAUCGUAAGCCUAUGUUAAAGUAUGGAGUUACGAUCAUCUUAGCGCUAAUAUCGCUUUGUGGAACGGGGCCAUGUAUCCCAUGCUACUUGUACUGCUGUGUACAGUGUCAAGCCAGUGUAAUGUUACCUAAGUAGUGUUAGCUUUGCAGAAGGAAGUAGUGGGAUUAGUUCAAGCAGUGUAGACAAUAUUCAAGGUUAAACAUUGUUUAUAUCAAUGUUUAAUUUCAUGUACAGAUAUUUUUAACUUUUGUACAAAGGUUUGUGUUAAUGCCGUUUUAGUCUGUGUCGUUGUCGUCUUCCGUUUUUAUCAUCAUAGAUUUGUGUUCUGGAUAUGAAAUACCUCAUGACUCGUAGCAUUACAGCCAAUUAUCAAAAGAAGCCAAAAUGAGUUUGUAUACUUCCACUUGAUUUUCAUGUAUCAUUACUUCCAGGGAAACACCACUGCUGGUUGGGGACAAUGUCGACAAUGAUUCUCGUUUGUUUUGGGGCGGUCGGGUAGCCUAGUGGUUAAAGCGUUCGCUCGUCACGCCAAAGACCCGGGUUCGAUUCCCGACAUGGGUACAAUGUGUGAAGCCCAUUUCUGGUAUCCCCCGCCGUGAUAUUGCUGGAAUAUUGCUAAAAGCGGCGUAAAACCAUACUCACUCACUCACUCUCAUUUGUUUUUGUUUUAAAUUAAAACGAUUUUUCUUCACUCACAAGGACUACUUGAAUCCUGUAUUUCCUGUACUCAAGGUCAUCAUAGUAGUAUUUUGAUGUACGAUCUUGUAAGAAACAAGGUAACAUGAUUUGGUGAUACAUUUUCAGUCCUGUUAUUAACAAGAGCCAAUGCUGUUACACCAUGAGAGUGUGACGAAUAAAAUUUGAUUUGAAUUUAUGUGACAAGCUCAAAUUAUUGUCCAAAUUGUCUUUCCCUAACACAGCAAUAAGGAAGCUUGAACUUUGACCUAGAGAUUUGUGGUUCUCAGUUCUGCCCCAAUGGAGUUACUUCCCUUUGUUUCAUUUUCAUCUUUGUGUCAUAGAUGGUAACCAAAGAUACUCUCUUUGUACAAAUAUUUAACCAAAGAUUUGUGGUGUGACUUGAAGUAUUAGUAUAGAGUAAUUACGUGCCCAUGGUUGGUUCUUAGAGAUUAUUAUAGAUCAAGUGUGAUGGAGUUGGUCAGUAAAUCCCACGUCCUUCAUUAUCCAGGGUCUUCUCUCCAUUCUUUUAGGCCACACCGUUUAAAUUUUGUUUCACAGAUUUAUUCCAGCUUUUUCACACAAGGUCAGUCACAAUAAAAAUAAAAAUAAAUUGAAUUAUUUUUUUCUUUAUAUGAAAGUCAUUCUCCUGAGGAUUUGACUGCAGCUGGCUUCUUGAAUCACGGAUAGUGAUGUAGACAUGGAAUUCAUAUAUAACAUUUCAAGUUGUAUUAGAGGGUCUAUAUUACUAGUGGGAGACUUUAUAAAUGUUUAUAUGUUCAAAUAUGUUUAAUUUAUUUCUUAGACUGGCUGCUUUUCAGUCGGGUCAGGCCUGUGAAACGAAAAUAAAAAAAAUGUGUGGCCUUAUCAGGAUAAACACCCUUGACCCAUUUACUUGGGUUUCGAAGCCUGAUUCGAAUGGCAUUAUGGUAAAAAGAACCAUCAAAUUAAAGUACCCUCAGGCUGAGAGAGAGAAUUUCUGUGUUAAGUUAUUGGUGCCAAAAGGGAUCAGGAUAUACGAUUCGUAUGUCACAAUAGAAGGGAUGUAGAAUACAUUGGAUAAUUGAGGAUGUAAAUCUAUAGGCAAACCAAGCUCAAUUAAUUCAUGUCAAUUAAAAUAUUUGCUAACUACUACUCAAAUUAUUAAACAAGUUUUUUUUCAAUAUUUUGUGAUACAAUUGAAAUAGUAAUUGGUUCUAAUUAUUUUAUGCACAGUUUUUACCUAAGGUACUGUAUUAUGAUUUAUUUUGGUGAGUAGUUUCAUAUGAAUUCAGAAAUACAUUGUAAUUGAAAAUUAAAUAAAUUACAUAGGGAUCAAGAAAAUGUUGUUUAGGGAUCACUUUUCUAAUGUUGAUUAAAAAAAUAAGAGGAAAGUUUGUUAAGUAUGGGGUUGGUUAAGAAAGUUGUCCAACUAUUGUUCUCUGUUACAAUUAUGGGCCAUUUUGUUAUGAUUUGUUAGAAAUACGUACAAGCUUACUAAGCUUUCAGUGUCGCAUGUGUCAUUCAACAGCUGUUUCCAUUGCUUGUUAUACAUCAGGUCAUGUUUUGGAUAUGUGAGCUAACAUUUGUCAUUAAAUGUCUUCCCAUCUUCCGUUAUGAGCAUUGCAAUCUGUUUCAUGACCACCCUGACUGCUGGAAGGUCCAUGCUCUUUAGAUUGUAUGGUUUAUUGACUUUUACUGACUAAUUAGCUUGGAUCUUGUUGAAAUGAAAAUAUGAUUAGAUUUAUGUAGCAAACUAUAUUUCUAUUUUGUUGGCAUAAAAUUUCUUGAGUUGACCGUUUUCUGUUACCUGAGGUUUUCUUCCCUGUGUGAGAGGUUUACCAGAGUCUACGUACAGUGCAUAUGAUGAAUUAUUAUUUAAUGAUUAUUAAUUGCUUACAUUUGAUAUGAUUUUUGUAGUUGUUGGAACAGUCAGCCUGUUAAAGUAAAUAUAAGCUAUUUGUAAUGUAGUUUCUGAUUGCAAUUUUUGGCUUUGAUUGGUUGAAUUCGUAAACCGAAAAAUAUAAGAAGUGUGGCCUAAUGUUUGAUUCCAACAGCUUACUAUACAAUAACAGUACUGGUAUGUAGGCUCAGUUAUUACAAGAGGUGCAACAACAGGUUUCGAAGUUUUUAACAGUGUUUGAAUAUUUUGUUAUACAUUUUGUGUAAUUUGAGAUUGUGAGAACCACAGGUAUGGAUCAGGGCCCCGUUCCACAAAGCGAUCGUAGCGCUAUGCCUGUCGUAAGCCUAUGAUAAAGAAUGGGAGUUACGAUCAUCUUAGCGCUACAAUUGCUUUGUGGAACGGGGCCCUGGGGUUAGUGAAGGUUUACUGAAAUACUAGACCUGGAGAUAUAGAGGAUGAAUUGUGACAAGAUUUCAUUUAUGUGAAUCUUUAUUGAUAUGAAUAUUCAGAACAGUACCUAGCACUUCUUGCUUUAAUAUUCGAUAAUAAUUGAAAUAAGGAAGUCGGUAAGAGUCGACAUCAUUGUAAGAUGUAACAUUGUGUAAGUUGCUAGAACCCUGGAAUGGGUGUGGACCUGAUCUGAUCUGUUUACAUGUCAUGGUUGUGUUGGCCAGUCCAUCAAAUAUAUCCCUCCAUAUUUUGUAGUCUAUUUACAAAUGGUCACAUCUUUGUUUAACAUUCUACAUGCUGUAUUUGUCAUUGUAUAGGAAUCUCUUGUUGUGGAUGUUAAACAUGGUUUUUUAAAAUUCUGAUGUGAAUUUGCUACAUUAUAGCAACUCAUUGCCAUUUUAACAUUCUUAAUGCACUGUAUUAAAAUAUGAUUUGUAUUCUGUCCAAUUUUACAAUUUAGUGUUUUGAAAUGAGAUCAAUUAGUACUACUUACUCAAAGCUAAUACAUACUGUCUAUACAAACCAAUGUUAUACUACUCGAAAGAAGUCAGGACAGGACAGAUUAACUAUAAUAAUAUGAAAGAAUCUGUGGUCCUUAACUUCUUUAGAGUAGUAUAUAACUCUUGGUUUUUAGUCUUUGAUACUGCACUUGGUAUGGAUUUGGAUGCACUGUUGUUAUGUCCAACAUUUGGCCAGGUCUAGAGAAAAUCAGCAAUAGCUUACAAAUUAAGAUAUAUUGCUGCCUAUGACAUAAAAGCCCCCUACUCAUGUAUAGAUACAAUGUUGCCUAUGCUGCUAUGACUGUAGUAUAGAUGAGCUACCUGUGUGAUAACUUGCCUUAAACCACAUGCUAACUACGCUUUGAUGUUGCAUCAGAUCACAGUAGAUAUAUACUUGUGCAAUCCCUAGGCUAGAUCAGGUGUAAAACUCUUGACUAGCAUUUAGAAGAAUUGCCACAAAACACCGCUACAAUUGAAAUGCAGAAGUUAAUCAUCCAUUCUAUCUUGUCAUCAGGACUCUUGUGACUUGGUCAUCCAUAUUGUCAUAUGUAUUUUGCAUCACCUUGACAAUAAUAGUUUUGAUGUCGCACUUUGGAUUCUCAUUAAAUUGAAGAGGACUGUUUAUGAUUGUGUAAGAUAUGACAGAAAACUUUUUAGUGGGUGUGAGGAUCAUGGGUGAUGUCCCUUUGUGUGGAAAUGCUCUGAGGGACACUAGAGGGAGCAAGGGCCAAGUUUGUAGGUAUGGUCGGAUAUUUUAUAUGCUGUAGCACCUGAUUUAGCCUAAUUGUCAAGAACUACAUUAUUUGAGAUUUGUGUGAUGUGACUGCAUUCUAGGUACCCACCAUGUGUGUUGUGUUGAUGGCUCCAUGCUAAGUAACAUGUAGCAUCAAUAUGCAGUCCUACAACUCCCAGAGAGCUUGUGUCUUGUCCUGUUUCUUGUGUGUCUGUGUAUAUACAACCAUUUUCUGUCAACAUGUCCUUGGAAUGUGUUCUGUCUCUCAAAGUCUUUUGAAAAGAACUUACUGGAGCUGAAGGGGUUGUUGUCAUAGAGGGUAUGCUAGAAGUGUACCCUGGCUAGAUCCAUGUACAGAAAUGUGUCUCAAAUGGCCUUCACUGAAGCCACUUGAUAAGUUCAUUCAAAGGUGCCUGAAUCCAUCUGCUGUGUAGAGACCGCCUCUGUGGUCUAGUGGUAGAAAGUCCGCCCGGAGAGCGGAAGGUCCAGGGCUCGAUCCCCAGCCGCGUCACACCAAAAGACGUUAAAAGAUGGUACUUGUUGUUACCCUGUCUGG